GACGCUGCGCCUGCCCCCGCGAUCGGCACGCAGGACGAGGCGACGCUACCUGAUGCCUUGCCGCGCCCGACCUUCAGCGAGGCGACGCUACCUGAUGCCUUGCCGCCUCCGACCUUCAGCGAUGCGACGCUACCUGAUGCCUUGCCGCCUCCGACCGCCAGCCAGCUGCAGAGUAUGGUCGAUGCCGCUGCUCUUGCUGUUCACGGCGCAGGCUCGCAGCCGCCGAGCGCGGUGGCGUCCGAGGAGCAGGCGACUCAGCCCGCUGGCCCCCCCAUCGCCAACGGCGACAGCGGCGACACCCUCGACCAGCAGCAUGAGACACCAGCCAUGGACAUGGAGCUUGAGGAGUCGCUCGGCUCGCUGGAGAGCCUGAGCACUGAGAUCUGCAGGGAGGCGGCGGAGGCGACCAAGGCGACGCAGGCGAUCUCGAAGCUCAUCCAGGGGUUGGAGGCAUCGAUCAAGAACGGGGUCCCAGCACGGACGCCAGAGUAUUCUCAGUUCUGCAGAGCCCUCGACGAAGAUGAAGACCUGCAGAAUCGAUACUCCGCAUGCCAAGGUCGGACCUCGAAAGCAGCUUUUAGGGAGGACUGGGCCAAGAAGAAAGUUCAGGUGCUCAACGAAAAAGUAUCCCAGAAACAAGUGUCCUCGGAAAUCGACUGGCAGCACACGCACAUGCGGAGCUUGGCUCAGAUUGCCGACAAGGAGAAGGACCAGCAGGUGGCGCUCAACAUCGCCAAGACGUGCGUGAAGUUAGGGCCCCCCUUCAUCAAGUGGGACCCCUCGGGCAAGGUGUGGAGGUUCGCCCACGCCGAGGAAGGCUUCACCGAGAAGCUGGAGAAGGCCUGGCAGGUCAAGCAGGACCUCGAGUCCGACGGCUCGCCGAUGAAGCCCGCGGGCGGCGGCGGCGGGGGGGAAGGGCCGCCUCCGAAGAAGCCCCGCAAGGACAAGGGGAAGAGCAAGGACACGACCAGUGCACCUGAGCCGCCAAUCGAGAACUCAAAUCCCGAGGACGUGAGCAAGGUGCAGCUUCAACAGGCCGACAAGGACUGCAAGGAUAUCCUCGACAUGUACCGCACUGCCACGUCGAAAGCAUCCUCCAUCAUUGAAGUGAUUAACAAGAAUGACGAGGAGUGGAAGUGGCUCCAGAAGGAUAGCCCCUUGGCGACCAACUUGCAGAAGAGCUACGACACGAGCAAGACCUCUGCACCUGGCAUCCUUAAGAGCCUCCUCUUCGGCAAGACCAUUGCGAAGGUCAAGAAGGACCUGGGCAAGAAGCAGUACGUUGCCGAGGCCACUUCCAUGCGCACUACCAUGAGCCCGCUGCUCCAGAAGCUGGCCACGGAGGCCGACGGGCUGAACACGAUGCACGCGAACAGGCCGAGAGACUGA